AUGGAAGAUGAGGUCUGGAUGUUGGAGAGCACUGUCACCAGGAGCUGCAAGCAGGCGGUCACGCUCGGUCAUGCUAAUUUCAACACAUUGCAACAAGAGCGUUUCGACUUUGACAAACCGUCUCGACGUUUGCGCCGUAGCUUUCGCUGUUCAGGUCAAAUGCAAGCAUUGCUGGCCACCAGGUCGGCUUUGGUGGCCAUCGGCCAAGAUGACCGCCAGGUUGAACUCGUGAACUCAGAGUCAGUGGCUUCUCAAAUUGAUGCGGCCCAAAUCGAGCUGCUGUUCAACAAGUCGACUCAACUCACACCACAAGCUGUUGUGCAUUUCGUCACCCAACUGGCAAAGGUCUCCAAAGAAGAGCUGGCGCUAGCAGAUCAGCCACGGAUUUUUUCACUUCAGAAGCUGGUCGAGGUGGCGGACUUUAACAUGAGCCGCAUGAGGGUGGUGUGGGGUCGAAUCUGGCGUGUGCUUAGCAGCCACUUCGUGGAGGUAGCUACGCAUCCCAACGUGCGAGUUUCUCACUACGCCAUGGAUUCUUUGCGGCAACUGACAAUGAAGUUUCUGGAGAAAGACGAGUUGGCUGGAUACAACUUCCAGGCUGAGUUCUUGAAGCCCUUUGAAUGCAUCAUGGUGGGUCCGCCACCCGUGAGCAAGGAGGUGAAGGAUUACCUUGUCUAUAUCAUCUCUUACAUGACCGAUGCGAGCUUUCAAAGUAUUCGGUCUGGGUGGAAGGCUGUCCUUCACAUUUGUGCUGCUGCAGCUCAAGAUCCAGCUCUAAGCGAGGGCACCAUCGAAGUGGCUUUCAAAGUGGUGGAGAAGGUGAAUGCUGACAGCUGCUACCAUUUGUUCCUGGAGAACUUCACCGACGGAAUCCGUGCACUGCUGGCCUUUGCAAGCUGCAAGGUGGAGAAGAAACCCGGAAAGGAUGGCAAGGAGGCGAAGCCGGAAAUGUCUGUGCAGGCGAUUCAGUACCUGCUGAAGGCGGCAGACAAACUCGCUGACCCUCAAACUGAUUUGCCAGCAGCGAGUUCUUUGUCGCAGGAUCCUGCCAUCACAGAUGGACAUCCAGCAGCUGUUUGGUUUCCGAUUCUGCGUGGGCUGUCUAUGUUAGUUGGCGACCCGCGAAGGGAUGUAAGAGCGCUUGCGCUCAAUGGUGUUUUUGACAUUCUGCGGGAGCAUGGUAAGCAAGUCUUUGAUGAGGACACUUGGCGGAUGGUCUUCAACGGGGUGAUUAAACCAUUGUUUGACGACAUUCACCAUCAGUUGGCGCCGCAAAGUGAUCGCAAGGAUGGGCAGGGCAACGAGGGCCGACCAGAUGCUGGUCAUUGGGCCUCAAUGGGGCCACCAACCUGCCUAGCCGCCCUGACCCAGCUUGUCAGAUUGAUUGAAGCGCACCUUGAUGUGCUCGCAUUUCUGCUAGACGAUGUGCUUCGAUUGAUCCGGAAUUGCAUACAGCACGAGUUUGAGGCAGUUGCGCGCAUAGGCGUUGAGGGCUUCAAGCAGCUGCUUAUUUGCACCGGCAAGAACAUGAAGCCGCAGUCGUGGCAGAAGGUCACGACCUGCAUCCUAGAGCUUUUCAAGGACAGCAUGCCAACGAAGCUUAUGGAGGUGGACGCAAAGGUGCGUCGUUCAACUCCUGCUCAUUGA